GAGCCCCGAGAGCCUCAGGUGCGGGUGGGCUGGGCCGUACCUGUGGGGACCGCAGGGUCCCGGCUGGCUGCGCUGCAAGACCUGCAGGCACCUCGGAGAUGCGCGCCCCGGGCCGACCGCUGAAGAAAGAAGGCGCGGCUCCCCGAGGCCCUUGAGCCUCAGCGGCUAGAGAAGGGGCCAGCAUGGGCCGCAGGCUGCACGCACCUUGCCUGCUUCUCUUCGUCGGGCUCCCAGCAGGGUGUCUGUCCUUGCUGGUCACAGUUCAGCACACAGAACGCUAUGUCACCCUGUUUGCCUCCAUCACCCUCAAAUGUGACUACACCACCUCUGCUCAGCUCCAGGACGUGGUGGUGACAUGGCGCUUCAAGUCCUUCUGCAAGGACCCCAUCUUUGACUACUUCUCUGCCUCAUACCAGGCCGCCUUAUCCCUGGGCCAGGACCCCUCCAACGACUGUAAUGACAACCAGAGGGAAGUCCGCAUCGUGGCCCAGCGGCGGGGACAGAAUGAGCCGGUGCUGGGGGUGGAUUACCGGCAGCGCAAGAUCACCAUCCAGAACCGAGCAGAUCUUGUGAUUAAUGAAGUGAUGUGGUGGGAUCAUGGAGUAUACUAUUGCACCAUUGAGGCUCCAGGUGACACGUCAGGAGACCCAGAUAAGGAGGUGAAGCUCAUUGUCCUACACUGGCUGACAGUGAUCUUCAUCGUCCUUGGAGCCCUCCUUCUCCUGCUGCUGAUUGGCGUGUGCUGGUGCCAGUGCUGCCCUCAGUAUUGCUGCUGCUACAUCCGCUGCCCCUGCUGUCCCACCCGCUGCUGCUGCCCCGAGGAAGCCCUGGCCCGCCACCGCUACAUGAAGCAGGUUCGGGCCCUAGGUCCUCAGAUGAUGGAAAAACCCCUGUACUGGGGGGCGGACAGGAGCUCCCAAGUGUCAUCUUAUGCAAUGAACCCGCUGCUACAGCGAGAUCUGUCCUUACAGUCCAGCCUUCCACAGAUGCCGAUGACCCAGACGGUUCGCCACCCUCCGGUGGCCAAUGGUGUUCUGGAAUAUUUGGAGAAAGAAUUGCGGAACCUCAACCCAGCCCAGCCUCCCGAUCUCCGAGCCAACUCUGGCUACCCUGGCAGCAUGCUGUCCUCCCUGGGCCCUGCAGAGGUUGUGGAACGCAGAGUCAUCCACCUGCCCCCGCUGAUCAGAGACCCACUGUCCUCCAGGACCAGCAACUCCUCACACCAGCAGCGGCUCAACCCCCUUCCUUCUAGACACCAGGAUCUGAGUGAGGCCAGGAGGCAGCGCUAUCACUCGGAUUUCCUCCAAGAGCUCCAGGACCGAGGGAUCAGACCCUGGGCCCCGGGGAGAAGGGAACUGGACCCCAAUUGGAGUGGGAGGCACCAUCGCUCUAGGCCCAACGAGUUCUCCAUGCCCUGGUCAGACUGGGACAGCCUGAGCGAAGGCCCCUCGUCCAGUGAGACCCCUUGGCCCCCCAGACGCCCAGAGCCCCGGGAAGGUGCCCAGAGACACAGAAGACGCAGGCACCGCAGCUACUCGCCUCCCUUGCCCUCGGCCAGUUCUUGGAGCUCUGAAGAAGAAAAAGAGUCGCUGCCCAGGAACUGGGGUGCCCAGCACCGCCACCGCCACCGCCGCCGCCGUUCCCAGUCCCCAAACUGGCCGGAGGAGAAGCCACCCAGCUACCGUUCACUGGAUGUCACUCCAGGCAAGAACAACAGGAAAAAAGGGAAUGUGGAGAGGCGCUUGGAGAGAGAGAGCUCCCAUAGUGGACGGAGUGUGGUCAUUUAGUCUCCAGGCACAAUGCUGCUUCUUGGAUCCCACGCGUUCUCAGCAUCACCAAGAUUUCCAGCUGCCUUGGGAAGGACACUGCACAUGUGUGUCCCGCAGUUUGGACAUAAAUUCUAAGCAUCAAAUAGAAGAGUUUUCAAAACAGGGGUUUAUGGGAUUAAUAGCAAGUUCUCCCUUUGUUUGUGCCCUCUGCAUAUUACAUGAUCUCUGACUUGUAAGGGACCCUAGCUAGGAUGUGAUCCUUUGGGAACACAGUGGCCCAAGUAUUGAAGUGCGUCACGGUGCUCAGGACCAAGGCAUUCCCAUAAUAACAACUCAGGAGUCUUUAAGAAGAAAUCAAACCUAUUUCAGGAAAAGGAAACCUAUGGAAUAUUAUGGGUAAAUUCCCAUGGGAACUUCCUUCCUCUCUUGAACUUCUUGGGGGGUUUUCCACAUUAAGUGUCCCCACCUGCGGUCCUGAGCAUCCCUGAAUUUCUAGUCCUAGCGCGUGCAGAAGUUUGAUGGCUCCGUACCUUUCACAGGCUGCUCUUCACAACUCCGGAAAAUCACAAGGAAGCAGUUUUACACCAACCGUAUUCUUGUUUCUUCUUUUUUCCUUCUUGUUCCUUUCCCCUACACUUAAUUUAUUUCUUAUAUAUAAUAGUAUAAUACUGUUGAAAUCACUUUAACUACUUUCAAGCACCACACAGUAUAAACACGAAAAAAUAAAAGUAAUGGGCUAAAGAUUCCAUCCCAAGUAAAUAUCUGCUUUUCUA